UGCUGGGAUACCAAGAUAUACUCACAUAGUGACUGCUGCGCCUAAAUUCAAACAUUUUUAUUUAUGUUAACCAGUUUUUCAAUUUUACAUUAAAGACAAGCCAACUCCUUCAGUGCAGACAACAUGGAAGAUCCCAAACCACCAAGGAGGUUUGCCGCUCGGAACUGUUGCAAGUACCACUGGCGGGGAAAGCUUUCCGUUAUCAUACCGAUAUUAACAUCUCCAAUCUUUAUCUUGGGAAUUCAGCAAAACAAAAAAGAGUACAAGUGCUUUUACAUGAUCGUCACCAUGGCCCUGCUGUGGAUCACCGAGGCCAUUCCCAUCUACGUUACCGCAUUGCUGCCGGUUGCAUUCCUCCCCUUGACCGGCCUUGUCUCGGCAGAUGUGGUUUGUGCCAAGUACUUCUCCGACACAGUGGUCAUGUUCCUGGGCGGUCUGAUUGUGGCCCUGGCUAUAGAGUACUCUAAUCUCCAUACUCGCAUCGCCCUUCGAGUUAUACGGAUUGUCGGCGGAAGUCCGAGGCGCUUGCUGGCGGGAAUUUUGAUAGUCACGGUUUUCGUUAGCAUGUGGAUUUCGAACUCAGCUGGAACGGCUAUGAUGUGUCCCAUAGUCAAGGCCGUAAUAAACGAAAUGGAAGUUAAUAAUGUAUUUCCGGUUUAUAUGACACAAGAAGAAGAACCCACGGGGGAGGACGAGCCUCCACAUCUAAACAUGCUGGCGAUGGUCUUCUAUAUAGCUGUAGCUUAUUGCGCGGGAAUUGGGGGAACUGGAACUCUGAUUGGCACUGGCACAAACCUGGUGUUUAGGGGCAUUUACAAUCAGCGCUUUCCCAAUGCCGACGAAGAGAUCACAUUCACCAACUUUAUGAUGUACUGUCUGCCCAUUGUCUGCAUCUUGAAUGCUGUAUGCGUCUACUUUAGCUUUCUGAUCACCCACAUGGGUUUGUUUCGACCCAAUAGCAAAACGGGACAGGCCGUAAAGAAAGCCAAUGAGAACAAGAAAUUGGUGGAAGAGGUCAUGCGACAGCGUUAUAAAGAAUUGGGCCCCAUGUCCUGCCACGAGAUCCAGGUAGCCCUUAUAUUCAUUUUGAUGAUCAUUCUUCUCUUUACCCGCAGACCCGGGUUCUUUGAUGGCUGGGAUACGCUAGUCAACGCAAAGCAAGUGAAAGGCUCCGCACCAGUGAUCCUAAUUAUUCUGGUUCUUUUUGCUUUACCCACUCAAUAUGUCUUCUUUAAGUACUGUUGUGGCAAAGCACCCUUUCCAGGCCAACAGCUAGAUUCACUGCUCUCUUGGCGAUUCGUGCACGAAAAUAUACCGUGGGGUCUCGUCUUUCUAUUGGGCGGAGGAUUCGCCUUGGCUGAGGCUAGCCAGACUUCUGGGGUGAAUCGUAUGGUAGCCGACUCCUUGAAAGUGUUUAGCUCAAUGCCAGCGUAUGCGGUACAGAUGAUAAUGGUUUUGAUGGGCAUGUUGGUCUCCGCUGUCAAUUCGAACGUGGUUGUUGCCAAUAUUAUGAUACCGGUCUUAUGUGAGAUGGCUGUCGUCAUAAAAAUCCAUCCCCUCGUCCUCACUCUGCCCACUACGGUGAGCAUCAGUAUGUGUUACUUUCUGCCCGUGAGCACACCGCCAAAUGCAAUGGUUUGUCAAUAUGCUAACAUCAAGACCAAAUAUCUGGCCCUGUCCGGUAUAGUGCCCAGCAUAAUUGGAUAUUUUAUGGUCAUAUUUAAUGCCAACACAUAUGGAAAACUUGUCUUCAAGGGCCUCUCUGAAUACCCGUCAUGGGCUGAUGAUAAAAACGACACCCGUGCUGGAUUCAAUUUAUAGCUCUAAAAUUAAGUUGUUACGUUAUUUACCAAUUUGCUCAGAAAUUCGUGGUGAAAAUUGAGGCCCCCUCUGACUUUUGUAAAACCUCCUUCAUACAUAAAUGCGUUUAAGGAAGUAGUUGGAUGACCGCAAAAUUCUAUUUUGGAUACCUCAACUCAAUAAAUUUAUAAAAACAAAA